AAAAAAAAAAAAACUUUUUUUAUUUUGAAUCUUGAAUAUGCCUAGACCAAGAUGGAGUCCAACACCACAACAACUUAUGAUUCUACAAGAUUUGUAUAGAAAAGGUUUGAGAAAUCCAACAUCUAGUCAAGUACAAAAGAUAACAACUCAUCUUUCUCUUUAUGGAAAGAUUCAAUGCAAGAAUGUAUUUUACUGGUUUCAAAAUCACAAAGCUAGGGACAGACAAAAACUCAGAAAAGAACUGAUGAUACUUCACAAAAUCCACAAAACUACUAGUGAUGAUGAUGUUCCUCAUCAAUUUCACACAACUCCCAACACCAACAAUACCAAUAUUAUUAAUCUUGACUACAAUUUCCCCCCUAGUACUUUUCAUACACUUUACCCUCACUCACCUUCCAUAUUGGUUCAUCAGGGUGAAGGAAAAGACACAUCAUCAUCAUCAACUCAAAUGAUGAACAACAUGGGGAAUGUUGAUUUUCCAAAGCAUUGUGUCAUAGAAAAUGGCAUGAUAAGAACAAAUGUUCAAGGUUGGAUCUUGAUGAUGACAGAUCAUAUGGGCCCUAAUUCUAUUCCAUCUUGCAGCAAUAACAAGCCUCUUGAAACCCUAGAACUUUUCCCUAUCAAAGCCACUGGCAUUAAGGAAUAGGGCUAGCUAGCCCCAACAAUAUAAUAUUCUUGCUGAAAUAUUGCAUGUGUA